UGUCCUCACUUUGUGCUUCUCCCUGCCCUCUGUGCCAGGUGCACCUGUGACCCCGAGCCAUGUCCUGCUGCAAGCCCUGCGACCCUUGCUGCCAGCCCUGCGGCCCCUGCCCGCUGGCCAGCAGCUGCAAUGAGUGCUGUGUCAGGCAGUGCCAGAGCUCCCACGUUGUCAUUGAGCCGCCUGCUGUGCUGGUGACCCUGCCCGGCCCCAUCCUCAGCUCCUCCCCACAGAACACCGCCGUGGGAUCCUCCACCUCUGCUGCUGUUGGCAGCAUCCUCAGCUGUGGCGGAGUGCCCAUCAGCUCCGGGGGCUUUGACAUCUCCUGCAUCACCAACUGCUAUGGUGGCAGCAGAUGUUGUCGUCCCUGCUAAAGCUGCUGGCAAUAUCCUCAGGCAAGAACCUCCAAGCCCUCAGCAUGUGGAGCUGGAAUGAAGACAGAAUUUUGGGACAUUAAAUGUAGGACUUAUGACUUUUGUUUCCUUCUUGUCUUCUCUUUUUUCUCUUCCAUUCCUUUCCUGUCACCAGCACUCAGUGCCCGCCUAGUGGGACCUCUAGGCCUUCCUCCUUCUUUCUGUCUGGAGGGCAGGCAGAGGGACACCCCAAAUGCA